AUGCCCUCUGUUCAACGGACUUACCUGUAUAUUCCGGACGACUCCAGUCCUAACCAACCCAUCGAGCAGAAAACCAUCAGUGCUCCUUCUGUUGAACAAUUCACUCAACGCGUCCAUCAACUUCUGAAAUGUGAGCUUGCUGAAGAUGAGACCAUCCUUUCUCCUGAAUACCUCGCAAUCUUUGAAGGCCAUGGAAAUGGACUCCCAACCGGCACAGAAUUCACAAUUUACGUUGCUACCAUGGAUGAAAAUGGCAAUGCAACACGCCCACUUAAUUCACGGGCAGCUAGGCUUCUCCGUCGACCGAAAAGCCAUGGACCUAUGCUAAUUUUCAAAGCUGUUUACAAAAAGCAGCGGGUUGACGCAGUCCUUCGCCAUUACGAAGAUUCGGUUGGUCUUGAACGUGAACUUGAGGGCACAGACUUCCAAGAAAAAAGACAAGAUUUCAUCCAAAAGAGAGAGGCGUAUAUGGCUCGUAUGAUUGAAGACCAAAGGAAGCAAGGCGUCGUUGUACUUACACUGUAA